AUGGAUAAGCUCUUUGCAAAGCUCUGCGAGAACCACGACCAAUCUUCUAGCCAGAAUGACGGCUCCGAGGGUGCUGUAUCUGCCCACCUCUCCUCCUGCAAUUCCUUGCCCAUCACCCCGGCCACCGACUCAUUCGUCGCCACAGUUCCUUCCACUCGACCUGCCAGCGCAGCUCCCAACGAUCGAGCAGCGUCGGAGGAGCUUGUUCGACUGAAAUUGGAACUGGCCAAGGCCCAGAAUCAUAUUUCUCGUGUUGAACAGGAGUUGGCUCAGACACGCCGAGAUCACCAGGACAGUGGCCGUGCGACUCCCAAUCUGUCCUCUGACUCGGACUUUACUGGCGGUGCUCCCCUUCUUGAUCCUAUUGGAACCAAACCUUCGGGCAUUGCACCAGUGUCAACCUUUCCUAAGCCACAAGUCACUCGAGAGAACCACUGGCAGACUGCCAUCUCCGAUGACUGCCGCUCUGAUACCAGUGAUGCCCUAUCGGCCACGGGCUUCAGCCGAUCUCGGGCGAUCUGGAACAACAGCAACAAACCUAACUACCAGAGUGCCUUCAUGCCCCCUCCCAUGCCGGCACAGGAGGUCCACCCGACCUCCAACUGGCCUCAGCCCCGUACCCAAGCCUUCAUGGAUGGAAUGCCCGGAUAUGCUGGCCCGUCUUUGGAUAGCUACCGCGGUGACCGAUACAGUCAGGAGCCUGAUCUCAUGCGAUCCAACAGUGGCCGUCGCGGCAAUCGAUACGAGAAUCGCUUUGGAGGCCAGUCAUACGGCAGCAGUUACGGAGGUUAUAACAUGAACAACAUGGGCCAGACCCAGUAUGAAUCUGCUGUAAGCUACGCUGGAGGACCCAACAAUCUGUCUAGUGGCGGCUUAGGUAUGUUCCCACAGUAUGGACAGCAGGCUGUCGGUAGCCCGCUCUCGCCACACGCGACUGAAUUCACAUCUGCCGCGGGCCCGUCUUGGAAGUCUGAUGCCAUUGCUACCGAGGGACAGACCUACCUGCCAACCACUGAGCCUCUAAAUUACCGCCGUCUCCUGGACCGCAAUGUCAACUGCAACUGGAAAUAUAUUGUUGACAAGAUCGUCUGUAACAAUGAUCAGCAGGCAUCCAUCUUCCUCCAGCAGAAGCUCAAGGUAGGCACGCCCGAGCAGAAAUUCGAGAUCGUCCAAGCCAUCGUUGCUCAAGCCUAUCCCCUUAUGGUAAAUCGUUUCGGCAAUUUUCUGGUCCAACGCUGCUUCGAGCACGGAACCCCUGAGCAGGUCAUCAAGAUCGCUGAAGCGAUACGCGGCAACACACUGAAUCUGUCAAUGGAUCCCUUCGGAUGCCACGUUGUUCAAAAGGCAUUCGACUCUGUUCCUGAGGACUACAAGGCCAUUAUGGUCCACGAGCUGCUUCGUCGAAUCCCCGAGACGGUCGUCCACCGGUAUGCCUGUCACGUCUGGCAGAAGCUCUUCGAGCUGAGAUGGACCACAACUCCACCCCAGAUUAUGAAGUUUGUAAACGAGGCUCUCUGCGGCAUGUGGCACGAGGUCGCAUUGGGAGAGACUGGCAGCCUAGUUGUUCAGAACAUCUUUGAGAACUGCUUGGAGGAUGACAAACGUCCUUGUAUUGAGGAAGUCCUUGCCAAUAUCGACAUUGUGGCUCAUGGUCAGUUCGGCAACUGGUGCAUUCAGCACAUUUGUGAGCAUGGCGCCCCUGCAGACCGCAGUCGCGCCAUUGACCACGUCAUUCGAUAUGCGGCAGAGUACUCGAUGGACCAAUUUGCUUCCAAGGUUGUCGAAAAGUGCCUCAAGAUUGGCGGUACAGAGUUCCUCGGUCGCUACCUUGAUCGGGUCUGUGAGGGACGUGUCGACCGGCCCCGUAUUCCCCUGAUUGAUAUCGCGAGCGACCAGUACGGCAACUACCUAAUCCAGUACAUUCUCACCCAUGCCGGUCCUCAGCACCGUGAGAUCGUUGCUGCUCACAUCCGCAAGCACAUGGUCUCCCUCCGGGGGUCCAAGUUUGGUUCUCGAGUCGGCAUGCUUUGCACCAACCCGGCCGUCGCCACACGCCCUGGUCCCGGUGUUGGACCCAUGAUGGGGAGCCGCAUGGCUCCAGGACCUCGCUACAGUGGUGCCUACCGUUGA